GUGUGGCAGGCGGGCGGGGGGUCGGAAAGGGGCGUGGAAUGAGCCAACAUCACAGGCUAAUGCAGCUUCCCACCAUGCCAUUAAUCUCCGUCUGUGGACCGUCUGAUCGUCACCCAGGUUGCCUACAUCUAUCCUGUCACCCUUAGGACUGCGUGUCGGACCUGAUCUCUGGAAGUCUAACGCAGCGGGAUGAAAGCGGCACAGUGAUAAAAGGAGCAUCUCCUCCUUGUCCUUUUCUCCUCCAGAAGCGGGGCUCGGCUCUCCUUCUCCUACCGGCGGAGAGAUGAGGAAUCCACUGGCCGGUUUAGCGCUGACAUUAUGCCUAUUUCUAGAGGUGAGCGGUGAUUUCUCUUAUUACCAUGAGAUAUUUAUAGAGCUUUGAUGGACUCGAGACCGUCUGCCUAACAGGAUAGCACUGUCCUGUAAGUGUAUUUACUAUGUAAAGACAGUAAGUCGCUGUCUUUUAAGGGCUUAUCGGACUGACAGCGGGCUGCCUGUGAUGAAGCUCUGAUAUGCGCCGCUUGCUAUUGUUUUGAGAGCGUUCCUCACCACAUCCCAUUCAAAACUAGUUUAAUUCAAUAUUUAUUGGCUUAUCAUCAAAAGUGCACACAACUAAAACAAUUAAAUAGUGUUUUUAUCAUAAGUAUGCCAUCUCCUGAUAACUUCGGCAUGCAAGUGAUCCACAAAGAAGCACUCAAUAGCAGAAAAUCUUAACUUGUGGAUUGAUAGGCAAGAUGCUGUAUCUUUCCACCCUCUCAUCGUGAUGUAAAUAGCAUGAGAGGAGAUAAGUAAUAUGAAGGAGGUGAUCCUGGUUGCAUCAUAUCAAGGCUGAAAGAGGAUCAAAGACUACAAAAUUCCUUUUCUGAGACUGAUCACUGGACAUGUUUUGUUUGCAUUGUCUGUGAAAAGAGAGGAGGCCAGCUGAGCUACCUGGGAUUGUUUCAUCCUUUGUCCUUGUGCCUAGACCUCCAUAACUACUCAAUGGGUUACUGGCCAUGUAGGACAAACAGCAUCAGACAAGGUAGAUAAACAGAGGGCAGGAGGUUGAAACCAAGAGGAAGCCGAUUUAUUUUCCUUUUUUUGAGUCACGUUUUUUUCUUUAUCUUCUUAUUUUCUAAAACAGAUUUUUUUUAUGCCUUAUUUUGCAAGGCCAAGUUGGCGCCACAAGAAGUCUCUUUUAAAACAUGCACUUUGGAAAUAGACUGGUUGUCACAUUUUUCCUUUUGAUGCGUGUUAGAGAUGUAAGGAUCAUUUAAGGAGACUAAGGGCAUGACAAGGCCUCCUAAUUUUAUUUCACAGGCCUGUAAAGGUAGCACGAAGUGGUCACGAUCCCCACUCUUCCUGCCAGUCCUGUACCGCUGACACUCAUGUCUAUUCAUAUAUUAUUAACUCUGAUCAUUAUUAUUUUAUUUCAUUCAGCUGACUUAGUGAGCACAUCCAUUUUGGAUGUGAGCAUACAGCCUAGAGGGAAUGAAGCCCUCAGUCCACGUCUCCUUGGUGCUGCUGUGCUCACUUUGAUAAGUGCUUAAGACAAACUCUGUGUUUAGAUUAAGAUGGAUGUUCUUGCCUUUCAUUUCCAGCAACUUUGACCAACAAAAGUUUGAUAUGGUUGCUUCAAAACUGCAGUUAAACACUGUGGCAAGACUCUUGAAUGCAGCCAGGAUCUUGUGUUGACUAUAGCUAAAGAUGUCCUUGUAAAUUCAACUUCAGAUGUAAAUCUAAACAAUAUCAAGAUGAAAGCUAACUCUUUGUAAGAAAAAUUUAUGCCAAGUCUCAUGAAAGCACAGAUUAGAGGCACAUUCUUCAUGUCUCUUGUUGUACUCCUUGCAGCUUAAGAUUUAUAUCACCAUAAUGAAGUGUCACGCCUUGGAGCAGCUACAAGUGUCAUUUUCUGUCUUGCAAGAUAGCAAUUUGUAAGUGGGUACUUUUGCAUAGUGAAUGAGAAGGCAUGAAACUGCUCUUGUAGCUAAUUGCUGUGCAAAAACUGUUGUCAGUUUAAGCUCUGAUUUUGGCUUGACAGUACAAAAUUUUAUGAGGGUCAAUGAUAGUUACAGGGUUGUCUGUGGUUAGGACAGGGCUCCCAUGCAUGAACACACCAUAUGCAGGCAUUUCCUGUAAACAGUCAGCUUCACAUUCUUAAAUUAGCAGUUAGUUACUGCAGUUUAGACCACAGAUGUACUUGGGAAUACAACAAAAUCUUUAGGGAAUAAUUGCUUCAGGCAAUUGAGUUAAAUAUAGCUGCGUUCACUUUAUACAGUGCAGAACAAGAAAGCACACAAUGAGCUCAAAGACUUUUAUACAGGAGUAGACUGUAUAAAAGCAUGGAUAACUAAACAUGUCCGUAAGAGUGCGGUGAGUCUCAGAUGUAACUUUGAUCCUUAAAGACUGCAGACCUGUGAGGCAAUGGGAGGUUUUUUUUUCAUCUAAUAUGUUUCACAGUUGAGAAAACCAUCUCCCCAACUCUAAAUGCAUAUUUUAUUAUUUCAUCUACUUGUCAGAGAUAGCAUUAAAUGUUUCAAAUGCUGCUUUUUCAGGUUUUGAAGGGUUUUCAGCUGUUACAUGUGUGGUCUUGUGUGAGAGUUAGGCUUGAGUAGGAAAUAUCUAAAAGUCAUCUGGCACCGUACAAUAGAUGCAGGAUAUGAUGCACACUAAAGUAAACAGAAAUUUAUGGAUAAUAUUUUGGCAUAAAGGCUCCACUUUUUUUCUUUGUUUUUUACAAGAAGAUGUUGAAUGAGGAAAAUCUUACGGAGUAAAAUUGCAAUAAAGUCAUAGAAAAGUCAAAAUGUUAGGAGAAAGUCAUUGCAAAGUCAUGACUGAGAUAUGGUUUCCCUUUCAAAACAGCAUUAAUGAAGUAAACAACUUUAAUCUUGUAAUAUAACAAAAUUGAUUAGAUUUUAAACAUUAAAUAUUCACCAAAAAAUGAUGGAUUUAACCCUCAUAAUUCAGCAGGAUGAGGGUUUUGCAUAAAGAAGCAGAGUUGAGCAGUCCGUUCUGUCCACAAGGGGCAAUAGAGAGCAAACUGAAGUUCCUCACAGAAGCUUUAAUCUUGGAAUGCAAUGACUUUUAUUUCAUUAUAUCGUGAGAUUUAAUCUUGUAAUAUGUUGAAUUAAUAUUCAAAAUUUUGAUUUUUUUUUUUUAUGUGGCUCCAAUACUCUGUCAUAACAGGGGGCCACUGAAUAGGGCCAAAAAGCUGUACUCUGCCCCAUAGCUAUACAGGUAAGAGGUAUGACCUAAAUCCCAUGUCAUUUGUGUAGGGGGCUGUUGUGCUCCUUAAAAGGAGGAGCUGUCGUGGAGACAUCUCCACCAACUGCAGCAUCUUCAGCCAGUUAGUUUACUUUAAAACAUACAUUAAAUGUGUAAGUAUCACCCUGAUAGCUGAGUGUAGUAAAAGAUUGAACAAUUUUUGUGUCUACCUAGAAAAAAAAACAACAAAAAAAAACAAAACAGUAUGUCCUAUCAUUUACUGGAUACACAAUUAAUUGCCAUCCAUUCCCAGCAACCAUCUUGGCGGUAUUCCAGCUUCAUUGCUGAUGCUUGACAUAUGUAUAAGCAGUUAAUGUUCAGCACACCUUACAUAGUAAUAAAUAAAUAAAUACAGCGAUAUCUAAACUAGAGCACAACUGGUGUGUUGAAAUGUUAUGACAAAUGUAUGUCGAUGCAUUGGUUAGGACCAAACAAGUUCAAUUUUCACCAUUUAAAGUGCACAUUGGACCACAGCAGCCUUUCCAUUUGCAGGAGCAAUAAUACUAAUCUGGCCAAUUUGAAAGCCGGGUCAGCAGUCAGUGCCGGAGAAGUGGCUACAAAACACUGCUUACAGGGAUGAUGAAAGAAAGAAAGUUCACUGAAGUGCCUCAGCUGGGAUUUGUGUCAAAAUUCGCCCGGUGUAUCUGAGACAUGACUUGAAGGAAACAUUCAGAAAGAAAGAAGUAAUUUUAGAGUGAAUGUGUCAGGGUUUUUUUACAUAGUGGACCUUGAGUUAUCCACAACUGUCAAAGAGAGAGUCAUCAGAUUUUCCAGAAUGUUUUUGUGUUAAUGAAAUGGAGUGUCAAAUGAAAGUAUAUCCAUUGGUGCAAAAUGGAAAGUAGUUCAUGUAGCUUGAAUUGUCACAGAAGAGCUGCAGUUAUUAUCAUAUGGUGUUACUCACUGAAUCCAGGUUCAGGUCAUAUCUAGUGUUAACACACCCAAAGGUAUUAUGGGAAUGUUUGUUUCAAAAUUUAGCGCCUGAUUAUUUUUCAGAUAGAAGGACUCAAAGACUAAUUUAAAAAAAUUUAGUCAGUACCGGUGACAGCUGUAUCCAUGCCACAGGGCUUUUUUUUACAUAUUUAAUUUCUUUUUUUCAUUCACAAUAAAGAGAAACUCCGAUGUAAUUUUGACCUUUCUCAGCCACCAUUUCCCCCCCUUGUGCUAGAACAUGCUCGUAAUGUGCAGUCAUCCAGGCUAUAAACCAAGCUCCAGGCGUGCAAAGCUGUCUCAGCUGUGCCUACAAUUAAAACAUAAUUGCAUUAUCACACAGCAAUAUGAUCAAGCUUUUGUCUCUACUGUUAGUCUCUUGUUUUCUGAGGGCCUUUGAAAUCAAGUGAAAGCAAAUAGCUCACAUUAUGAACGCUGUGUAGAUUUUGUAGUAUAAAUAAAUAUUUCCAAAUUAAUUUGAAAAGAAUAAAAGUGUAAUCAGAAUUUGGGGUUUCGUCCCAGAAUUAAAGAAACUUUAAUAAAAAUUGAAUCAAUAUUUAAAAAAAAAGAAACUUCACUGUUCUGUCCUGUGUUUGAUAUCAGUUUAUUUUGUAGUUGGCUGUUUUUCUUAGAAAUGGGUAAAAUCAGAUUUUAUGUUGGUAUUCACUUUUAAUGGCACCGAAAUAUGUCUGCAAACUGGGGAAUGGACAUUAAAAUCAUGGAGGAUGACAUGGCCUAAGAGGUGUGGGUGACUUCAGACAAACAAGAAAACGGUUUUCUCUACUUAAAGCUGUCUGUAACCCCACUGGAUCCUUUGUAAUGCAAAUACUUAAAGUAAAAUAAAAAACAAUAAAUACAUGAAUGAUGAUGAUUAUAAAAUGUCCUUGUUAUGUAUUCUGUGGAUGUUUCCACCAUGUUGCUAUUGGCCUCAACUGGUCUCCACACAGUGAGGAUGGACGUUUUUAAGGCUUCACUUUGGAGAAACUUUAGGGUGAAGUCACUCAGAUUACACUACAGCUGUUUGAUUACAGCAAAAAUCAUAGUCACAACUAUGGUAUCACAGUUAUUAAAAACAAUUAUCCAUGAUUUGUAAUCUUAAACUUUAUGUAACUUGAAACCUCUUUCAAACUUCAAAACUCUUAAUUUCUGGCAUGUGAGUAUUAACCUGUAUAGAGGACAGAUGGCUGGUUGUGCACAUGGCAGACCUAUUUGACCUUUUCCACCUACAGACUCUUAUGAUCCUGUGUCAACCUAGUGUGGAUAAAUUAGGCCUAAUUAUGAUUGUUUUCAGACCUUUGUCCCGUUCCCAAUUUUAAUGAUAGAAUUGGGCCAAUCUUUGCAUUUUUUUAAUGGUAAUAUAAAAAUGAAAUCCUGGCCAUCUUUACCUGCCACAAAAGUUGAUGGGAAACCUAAAUCAGCACUACCCUCCUGUAUCUCCUGUAUCUUAAACACAGGGGAUAGUUAUUUAAAAUUGGUGUCCCAUGUUGAAUUUGGCUGUUCCUCCACUUGUGUUGAUGUUUAGGUCUGUUAUAGUUAUUAUAUUAUAUAAUAAUUAUAGUUGGUGUUCAUUUUUGUGUUAAUUUUACAUUACAUGGGAAAAGCUGACGUCUCUUAAACUGCUGACAAGAAUUUGAUAACAUUUAUUAACAUCUUUUUACCACCUGUACAGAAAGACCCAAAGAAUAUGUUGUGCUAACCUAGCUUACACAUUUUAUGGCAAAGAUAGGAAAAACACUGGAAUGAUUUAAGAGCCUAUGAGAGCCUCAAGAAAAGGCUGCUGCACUGAAGCGAAUACCUGUGGACUUAAAAUAAAAGAAGGAGGAACAACCCGGUGGGAGUUUAAAGGCCAAACGGAUUACAGAGAUGGUGGUUAAAGUCACCACUUUGGUGGUUCUAGCCGUCUUUUGUAUCCGUGGUAAGUCCUGCCAUUUCGACACUACAGGUCAGACACUGUGGAGCUGUAGAGCAGAGUUUGUGACAACACUGGAGCGGAUUUAGAGCAUGAUGUGACUGCUGACAGUUUUACAACAGACAUUUAGAGCUGCUGAGUCUCACUGCACACCAGAUUAAUUCCUCCAAUUUAAAGUUAUCCAGGUCAGUUGAUGCUACACUCCAGUUUGAGAAAAAACAGACACGAGUAAAGGGAGACAGAAAGUGAGAGGGCUGAGUUAAGUUGAAUGUUUCCAUUCUCUGUCUUGCGUUAGCAUUGAUUUAAGACGGGCAUGCUAGUUACACAGCAGACCAUGUAAAAACAGAUUGUGUGUUCCUUGCCUUCCCACCUCUUCUGUCCUGGUGUGGAUGUAACAUGUCUUCAUCUGCUCAGCUCAGGUCUUUUGUAAAUCACUUCAGCACCUUUCCCCUGUUAUUUACCUAGCCUAUCUGUCUAGCCAGAUGAUUUUGAUACCACUUAGUGGCUCUUGUGAAUUAUGCUUCCACUUCCUCACCCUGACCCCUGCCCUUGGCUGAGAAACCUUGAAAAUCCUCCUGGCAGGACAAAGUUCUCUGCCUCUAAGAUUUACACCCCUCUGGUGGCUUUAUAGCCUCUAAUAGUAGGUACUGGCAGAGCUCACUUGCUGACAGUAUUAAGUAGUCAUAAGUCCUGUCCUCAUUUCAGUAACAGUGAAAGACAAAAGUUAACUUGAGGUGAAAAUGAUCUACAAUAAAAAGAAAGUGGACUGUAGCUAAUAAAUACUUCCUGGAAAUGAAUGAGAGAAGUGUCAAAAUAAACAAGAGUAGGGUGUAAAUGAGGGCUGUAAUUUGUAAAAUUCAAACCUAAGUACUUGUUGGACUUUGUGACAAUCACAAAGAGCUACAAAUCUUUCAGCAAGUAUUACUUACAAAUAUUCUAAUUUUCAGAGAGACAGAAUUCUGGGUUUUCGUUACCUGUAUGUCAUAGUCAUCAAAAUGAAAAGAAAUAAACCCUUGAAAUAUAUCAGUCUGUGUGUUAUCAAUCCAUAUAAUCUAUGAGUUUCACUUGAAUUUCUGAAAUAAAUCCACUUUGAGACAAUAUUCUUUGUUGAGAUACACCUGUAGACUAAAUUUACAGUUAUAGUGUUGCCAGUAUCCUCAGGCAGACACACGAUUUCAAUGUCAGAGAUGUUUGGGUGUCCACAGUUACAGAGUUAUUUGGACAAAUGCAUCUCUGUCACUUUUACAGCUCUGUACUGUUUGUUCAUUAGUAAAGUAUCAUAAUGUUUACGUUUUCUCCUCAUUUGUUGAGGUUUUGUUUACUGCCUAGCUUUGAUUUAGCGCAAUUUCAGUUGAACUAAUGUUUUAACUUUUUUUUUUUAAGUCCAGUUUCAGUCAGUCCAAGGCAACAAAUCCUUUUUACUUGGGGAUGCAUGUAAAUGUACUGAGCGACUGCUUGAAAAGACUGAGAGAAUACUGAACUAUAGAGAUCUGAAGGCUUUCAUGGUGGACUGGAGACCUGAUGCUGUGUGAGGUGAACGGGGGCAGGUCUGUGUUCUAAAAAUAACUGGUUUGUGAUGAAGUUUGGCCCUCUGGAUUGAUCCAAUCAUAAACUCAGUCAUUGGUCACAAAGCAGUAAGGAAAGCAAAAGAAAGUCUCUUCUUUAUACUCUCAACAUCUGAUUGAUGCACUUUGUAUUUUAUGACAAAGACAACCAUGAGAUCACAUUUACUUAAAUUGAAGUCUUCAUAUCUGAUUUGAUUUAUUUAGGUUUUAUUUAUUGGAGAAUUUCUGCCGACUGAGUCAUAUAUCAGGUGUAAGAACUCUAUAAAAUGAGGAGGUUGCCACCAUAAUGUCACUUGUUGGUUUAUAGACUGCAAGCCUGAUUACUAUAAAUGGAGAAAGAUGUGACAACAAGGUUGGGGGGCUGCAGCAGAGCUAGGGAGCUGUCAACACAAAUCCAAGCUGAAAUCUAACACCUUAGGUCACUAAAAGGAAAAAAAAACAAACAAACAGAAAACUAUUGUAAAACAGAAGUGAAAGAGUUUGGUGAAGAGUUGGUGAAACAAAUACUCUUCCCCAGGGACACUUGUCUACAAGGCAUGUGGAUAGCAGGACCUGGGAUUGAACCCCCCACCUUCUGAUAGGGAGUCAACCAACUCUACUACUGAGCCACAGCCUUCCCUUACUGUGUCUUUAUCACAAACAAAACCACUUACAACUAAAACGAACAACUAAAAUUUCCCUAUUAUUAUUUCUAAUGUCUGAAAUCAGCAGUUGAGGGAAGGGUAGAAAUCACACCAAUUGAUUAACUGCAUGCAGCUGAAACUGUGUUUUUUGACUCAUGCAGUUAAUUGUUUUUAAUUAAUAGAUGGAUUAUCAACUAGGGACAAUAUGUGGCGUUUGGCCAAUUAUCUGUAUCAGCCUUUAAUUUUACAGAUGGCAGCUGCACGGCUUUGUCUCCACCGCCAAUAUGUCUUUCCCACUGGGCCUGUUUGUCUCAUCUAGUUGGCAGCACACAGUACUGUCUGAUUGGCUAGAUGUGACACGACAACCCUGCAACUUAACUGUACUGAGUGUAACUGGAGAGUUGAUGUAGAUUAAAUAUUUGCUGGAGGCAUUUAAGCAAAGUUUCGUGUUGGAGUUUGUAAUAUUCUAAAUUCUGAAUCAUUGCUACUGUCAAACAUUGGUUCCCAACUUUGGUUGUUGGUCUCAUGAACCACUAAUAAUUGGCCCUGCCCACUAAGUGUUUUUUGGUCUAAAAAAGGUUGAAUAAAUGUCUAAAUGUAACAGAGACGACUGGUCUAAAUCAGGCUACCACAGGUCAAAAAUGAAAGUUUUUUAGACGCCUAAAUUUAAACCAAGUUUAGACCAGGUCUAAAUCUGGGCUAUAUCUAUACAACACUAUAUAUUGCUCAAUGGCUAUCAUAAUUAUUUUGGUUAAGUAUUUGGAGAUCAGUUAUGCAACUCACAGUUGCUUUUUGAAAUACAUAGUUAUUGAAUAAUGGGUUAAAGUGCAACGUCCAAAUUCCAUCUAAAAAUAUACAGAAUCUAGGCGGUUGAAAUUAGGUCUAAUAAAGAGCUAGACACCUAUUAGCCGUCUACUACUCAGUGGGUAUAAAACUAAUAUCAUUCAACCCUUACUGUAAAUCAUAUGUAAGUCGUAAUUGUCCCACUCUGCCUGUAGAUGAAGAGUAACAACAGUUUACUAAUAAGUAAAAGCAAAGUAGAGGUUAAACAUCCGUACUUGUAGAUGUCAGAAAAAGUGCCAACAUCCCUCAGCUAUGUUUUCUCCUAAUUAUUGCCUUUGCUUCAGGCCAAACACACACUGACAAUCAGAUGAUGUUUGUGGGUCUGUUGCCGCUUACUAAUGGCAGAGGUUGCUGUGCGGUCAGCAGAGAUCAAUAAGACAGGAAGCAGAGGGAGAUGAGGUUCACUGGGAAAUGGAGGGAAAGGAAGAGAGGGAUGAAUUAUAGAGGAGGAGAGGAAGUGAACCAGUGUCAGAAUCAAGUAAAGGAAAUGGUGGAAAACAAAUACGAUUAGAGUUUUCAGAGGUUGUUAUAAAUGUAGUGUCAAAUUUAGUCCACGUUUUUUUUUCUUUUCAAGACAGCAAAGCACUUUUACAAUAUCAUCACAAACCCACAAAGAACUAAGAUCUAUUUUUUGUAGGGUUGCAAGAAAAUUCAGACCAAAUUGAGAAAUUGCAAAGCUUUUAUAUCGAGGUCAAUAAGAUAUUUCGAUUCUUCUUCUGCAAUUGGUUGAACAUCUCCAGUUCAAAAGACCCACUCUAGAGCAAAGCUGUGUUCAGUUAUAUCUGACUCUUCAUGUGAGUAUCUUUAUUGACCCUUCUACUUUUGCAUUCUCAUCUACAGCUGCCGUAGCCUCAAAGACAAGCACAUCCUGAUCACCACACACACACACACACACACACACACACACACACACACACACACACACACACACUCACUCACUCCAGUUUUAAAAGCUUUAAUGGGUGGUGUAAAACCUUUUGAACUAUUCAUCCCCUGAACGUCCUCCAGCCAAAACCCAUCUGAGCUGCUUUUAAAGCAGGGAAAACACAAUUCUCUGGUUAUGUAACGGUCAUUUUUGUCCCGCAGGAGCACAGAGGGACAUUUUACUCUGCUGUCAGCGCUUUCACUGAGUUCCAAUUAGAGAGAGACAAUGAACAGAGCUGGAUGGUAACCAUGGCUGGGAGAGAGUUGGAAACUGGAUUACAAUUUGGUCCAACAAAUGUAGAUGGAGAGAAACCUUAUUGUAAAAUAAAAGCUUGGUCAAUCGUAUGAUAUUUAGAAAUCCAACAGCAGCACUGACGUUUCUGUUAAUGGUAUGCAUGAAUAAAAUAGACCCCAUUUUUCUUGCCUGCGCUCAUAUCCAUCCAGCUUGAGGUGAUAUUAUUAACUGAGUCAUACAAAGGCCAAUGCUGGCUUGGCUGUUGUGAGAUAAGAGGCCAAAAAGUAUUAGAUUUUGAGGAGGAUUGAGAGGGAAGAUAAAGGACUGGGAUACCAAAGACUGCACUGUUCAUAGGAUCUGCUUCAGUAGCACUGAACCCAAAAACUCCAGCCAGAGGGGUGGAUGAGCUGAAGCAGGGAGGGAGAGGAACAGAAGGAUAGUACUUCCUCUCUCAAGCAUUAGUAGUAGGGUUUGUUUAGAAGUGUUAUUUAUCAUGGCUUAACACUGUAGGUAAACAGUGUCCAGUUUGGCUAAUGUUAGCAGAGCUAGCGCCACCAGCUGUAGGUCAACAUCUACAUACGUCGAUUGCAUUACCUUAUCAAUGUUUUCUGGAUCAAAAUUCUUCCAAAUCACAACUCAUGAUAAGAUUCUAAUUGUCAUCUUUGCUUGGUUACAUCUGAAUGGUAGAGAAUAAGUCAAUUAUGGUGGGAGCUACAUGGACAUAAUUUAUUAGCAAAAUAUUUAUGAACAUACAGAUCCCUGAUCAUCUUACCCAUGUUCUCAAGAAGAUGGCAUUACUGUCUUUGAAACACACUGUUAUAAUUUGGUUUGACUAAAAUAGCCCAACAGCUAACCCCUGGGUUGUUGUUCGACAUAAGCGGCUCCUCUAAGAUGUUCAUUUAUUCAUAAAUGGAAACCUUACAUUACUGUAAGCUUCACAACAAAGUUGAGCAUUUUCAAAAACUUUUCGUUGGAUAUUCAGGAUCUCCAGAGGUUGAAUCAUGAUAAUAACUCUAGUCCAAGGUUACCUUUAGACAAAAAGAGCUAUGACUGGUUUAACACCAGUACAUAUAGGACAUGUCCCCCAGAGGAUGAGUCCUGAUGAUCGUGGCGAUCCCUGUCUUGUUUUGUAGUGUUUGUGUUGUUUUCAUUGACCUUAAGUUCAAAUGCUGGGUGGUAAAUCCAGCUGUUCUAGUUUUUAGAAGAUGAAAAGACAGACAAAAGAUUUAGUGCCUCAAAUGCAGUUUCAUCUGAGGAUUUGAUCAUACACUUGCUGUGUGGAUAAGAUUUCCCACUAUUGACCACAGUGGUAGAAGAAAACAAAUGGGGGUCCAUGUACUUUGUCUCAGUGAAAGCAGACUGGAUGCUCUGCUGCGGUUCUACUUUAACAUGUCCCCUGCCAUCUUUCUCUCUGUCCCUCUCCCUGUGUGAGUGUUCCUGGCAUUUCCCCUCUGCCCAAGUGUCACAGUAUGGCCCCAUCCUCCCCCAGAAGCCUGACAAAUAACCUAUUGUGUUGCCAUGUUGUGUACCAGAGAAACAGCUCGACCUGGCAUGCCACCCUGCUGCUCUGGUGCGAUCUCUACACAGAGCACAGAGAUAGGAUCUGAUAUUGUCAUGUUUUUUGAGGGCCUGUAUUUAUCAAAAUUCUGCUGGGAAAUGUAGAUUUGUGGAAAAGGGUAAAAGAAGAAAUGAGUCAUUCAUACCCCAGCUCCAUAAACUGAAGGACAAAACUAUUUAUAAGAUACUUGCAGGUAAAAAAUGACUCCAGCAGUGAGCUUCAGGGUGUCUCUGCAAAAGAUAAUGGCACUGAGCAAACAAGGGCAUGGACCUGAAGCAAAUACUCGAGGGUUCUUGUGUAUGAAGAGUAGAGAAAGGUCCUUUUAUAUUAGCGUUAGUAAGGAAUAAACAUGCUAAAGAUAGCUUUGGAUUCAGCGUCAGAGGGAGAAGCUAAAUGGUACUUUAUGCUUGGCUUGAAGGCUAAUGUGAAAGUGUGAGCUUGUAAAAAAAAAAAAGGAUGACAUUAUUUUGUUAUGAUUGUCUCUGUUUUAGAGACAUUUUAGUAAGUUUACAGUGAGUUUAAUUGAUAUUAAAAAUUGCAGUGGUUUAAAGUAGGGGUGGGUGAUAUGGCAAACACAUCAUAUCUUGAGUUUUUUAAGGCAGAAUCAAUGUCUCCAUUUUAUAAGCAUUUAUUUAUGUUUAUUUGAAGACUAUAUAGCAAAUGACUGAGCAGUAAAACCAAACUUCUUCCUUAUUAAAACUGUACAGAAAAAAAGAGGAAGACUUCAAGUGAAAGUAUCCGUUUAAUCUGUGUGUAAAAAUUGGCCAACUCACGCCAAGUACAAUUAACAUGAAAAUGACCUCAAGUUUACUUUUAUUUAAGUUUUUAUUAUUUUGUAUUUUUUUGCUUUAUUUAAAAGUUAGCAUUAGCUUGAAAAUGUUAACAGCACUGCAGUUAAACAUAAACUGUCUGGAGAAGAAACAAAACAUUGAUUCUUUUUUGGACAGUGUGAGACUGUCUUUGUGUUUACCAUCUUCACAGCGCAUUGCGGGUAAAUGUAAUCUUAGACUUAAUCCCAUAAUUUUAUGAAAUAAUCUUAUAAAAUCUAUUACUUUUAUAGUGAGAGUGUACAGCUCGAUGCUGUGGAUUCAGCCUAUGGACUGCAUCAGAGUGCUUACUCUGUGCAUAAAAACAUGUCCAAAUGCAUCCUUGAGUUAGCACAGAACUGCAACUGCUGACAAAAGACUAUGAUGAUACUACUGUCUCUUUGGAUUUGCACAAUUUGAACACAUUCUGAUUCUUUGCAAUCUGAUAUUAUCACCCCUAGUUUGAAGAACAUGUUCUUGUAAAGCUCAGCAACAUAUUAUGUGGAGCAGUGGACACAAUAGAUACCAUUGUGUUCAGCUGAAUUCAUCUAAAUGUUUUUGCUGAAAAUAAAAAAAUAAUAUUUCGCCUAGUGCAUGUCUAUCUUAUCAUAGUAGAUGUAUGGUAUGGCACUCAUCAUUACACAGCAGAUAUAUGGCUAGUAUGUUUCUUUCUGAUCCGCUCUUCUUUCUUUGGGAAUAAUAGGAUCUUCAAUGAGCAGCUCUGAGAGGCCAUUCUUCUGUGGAGACAGUAAGAAAAGCUGCUUGAUAGUCUGUGUCAAAGAGACACUCUGCUCAGUCUGAGCUGUAAUAAAUCUAAUUGUAGCGUUGCAGCAUACAGCCUAAAUCAUAGAAUUUUGAAUAAUUCAGGCCAUGAGCUGCACUUUCUCUGUAAAGCAUCACCUCACACAAACCCUGACUGCACUUGAGAGGCUGCAGCAGCGUUUCUGCUAGACUAAUCUGAGAGACUGCAGUGAGCUGGGAUGAGCUAAGGACUGAGAGGGUUACAUAUCCUCACCAUAUUACGGGAUUUAAAAGCCAGUAUUGAUAUUAUAAGUAGUGAAGUAAUCUGAUAAAGAAAUGAUGGUCAGUAACACAUUUGAUAAUAACAAUUAAUCAUGCAGGGAGGCUUUCAUUAGAAUAAUGUAGAAUCAAGACUCAAUUAAAGCUCCUCUGAGGAACUUUGGGGAUGUGUUGAUUUUGGUACCCCUUAUGGAAAAAACUGGAUGACUUAUCCCAUUUCUGGCUUUGACCUCUGCAUGUUUAAAGCUCCUGAAAUGACCUGAAAAAGUAAUCUCACUUGGUUUUAAGAGUCCCGCCGAAUCGCUCCGUCCCGGGCGACUUUUAACCCAAUUUUAACCGGUUUUAAGCAACUUUUUAGACUGCAUUCUUAACAGUUUGUUGGCUUUUAAGUUGAAUUUUUACCGUGUAUGGGUUUUAUCGGCUAUUUUAAGACGGCCCUCAGACGAUCCACGCUGCAUUACGCACGGAACUCUGCGCGGGACCCGGAAGAGUGGGAAUUUUAAAUGGCUGUGUGUGCGGACUGCAAAAUAAAAAACUCACGGUUGGAAGAGAAGCUUUGUCGUUUGCAAAAUGAUCUCCGUGAGAAGGAUAGGCUGCUGGAGGGCUUCAUAUCCGUAGCUUCAGCUCAAGCCAAACAUAUAUCCCUGAGUCAGGCCUCCAGGAUCACCGGUCUUUCGCCCUCGGCUCUGGCACCACAGCUGGUUUCGGCCUCCGCUGCCACUCUGCCCUGGUUGGCCUCCCUGCAUUCUCCGAUCGGGCCGGCCGAGGGCCCUGCAGCCGGGGGUCCAGCCGGCUCACCCGUGCCGCACAGCGCAAAGCCGGCAGGCUGUCUCUCCACCUCUCCUCCUGCGCAUCGGUACAGUCAGGAUCUGAGACCGCUGGACGAUCCUGACACUGGCAUGGUAGCGGGGCUCCCAGCGCUCCCUACUCACAGCUCGACUCCAAAGCUGAAGGGGCAGCAAACCUGGCUCGAGGUGGCGCAACGCGGACGGAGGACGACUGCAGCGGAGAGAGUCCCUUCACCACCACGGCUCUCUCUCUCCAACCGCUUCUUGGCCCUGAGGGAUGAGGCUCCCGCUGUCCCAGUCCCUGCUCCGGCUCCACCUCUCCUGACGGUCCCAGCUCCUUCAGAGGCGGCUCCGCGGAUGUCCAACUCGGACCAGGCACCGCGGCCCUCCUCGACCGGGAUACUGCGUCGCAGGCUGCUGAAGGAGGCCGUCUCCAGGCGCUCGGAGAGGCUCCCCCGGGCCGGCAACAACCUCACUCCACCUGCGUCCGCUCACUGCCGACAAUCGCCGUCUCCUGCACAGGUGGAGCGCCCAACUUCCGAAGGCUUCAGCGCCUGCACACCAGCUCCUCGUCCCCUUUUUCCCCCGACCACGCUCAUCAUCGGAGACUCCAUAACCAGGUACAUCAGGUUUUUUAAUGCCAUCACUCACUGUUUUCCCGGCGCCACGGUACCUGUCAUCCUGGACAAACUUCUUAAUCUACUCCCCUCUCUCCCCUCCUCUGUCACUAAGAUUGUGCUCCAUGUUGGUUCAAACGACAUGUCCCUUAAGCAGUCAGAAAUCACAAAGAAGGAUUUUAACUUGCUUUUUAACGUUUUAAAGGACACUGGAAAGACUGUUUUUAUCUCUGGCCCGAUCUCCACUCUCGGUCGUGGAGGGGAACGUUUUAGCAGGAUCCUCAGCCUCCACACCUGGCUCCAAUCCACAUGCCCCACCCUCAACUUCGGUUUUAUUGACAAUUUUAAUCUGUUUUGGGACCGAGCAUCACUUUUCAGCCAUGAUGGGAUCCACCCCAACAGGCGGGGUAGCCGAAUGCUCUCUUGCAACAUCCAGUAUAUGAUCCACUCCUCACCCGUCUGACAGUCUGCACUCAGCAGCCCAUCUUUCCACAACCAGGCCACCCCCCCUCCUCCUCACAAUAACCUCUGGUCAUCUCAAAACAGUCCCACAAUCCCCGCUCAUUCACCUGCCAACCCCCACCUUCCUCCACCCCCCCCCCCCCCCACUAGUACUAUCAGUAAAUCCGUGAUUCCAGUCCGCAUCACAUCCUCACGUCCUCCCCGUCCUCCAGCCAGACUUUGUCCCCCCACCAAUCUCGUCCACAUCCCCCUGCUUCCUCGGCUACCCCGCCCUGCUUUUAACAGCAAACCUGCAAACUUUGGACUUUUAAACAUCAGAUCCCUCAACAACAAAACAUUUUUAUGCCAUGAUUUUAUUUCACAAAACAGUCUGGACUUUUUUAUUCUGACUGAAACUUGGCUGACUCCGGACAAUUGUAUUUCUCUUAUAGAAGCCACCCCCCCUGAUUCUACUCACCUCCAUCAGCCCCGGCAGUCAGGCCGGGGAGGGGGGGGUGGCUGUCAUAUACAAGAAGGAUUUUAAAUGCACCCCCAUCACCUUCAGCACUUUUAGUUCAUUUGAGCACCUUGCUUUUAUUGUUAAAUUGAAAGAACUUGUUUUAAUCAUAAUCAUUUAUCGACCACCCAAACACAAUGCUGUUUUUAUUCAGGAGUUUUCAGAGUUUCUAUCCCUUUUUAUUUGUAAAUAUGACAAAGUUCUUAUUUUGGGUGAUUUUAAUGUACAUGUCUGUUGUCCCUCUCAACCCUUAACUGUUGAUUUUAUUGAAACUCUGGACUCCUUUAAUCUUACCCAGGCAAUACAGGAACCCACUCAUGUAAAGGGACACUGCUUAGAUUUGGUUUUAUUUACUGGACUUAGUCCUGGGGAGUUUUUAACUAAGGAUAUCUGUGUGUCAGAUCACAAACUGGUUUUAUUCUCCAUGGUUUUAUCCCAGCCCUCUUUUACCGAUCACACUCCUGUUCUUAGAAGGGUUUUUAAUGCAUCGUCUGCUAGCAAGUUUUCGGAGCUUUUUAUCUCUGCAUCUUUAACUGCCCUCAACCCAGAUUUUAAUCCAGUUUUUAACACUGAAGAGCUUGUCUCUCUUUUUAACAGUAUGUGUGGAACCAUCCUGGACUCUGUAGCUCCUCUGAAAAAGAAAAGAUCUAACAGAGAACCCCAACCCUGGCUCACAGAGUCCACCCAUGAACUAAAGAGAAUUUGUAGACGAAAUGAACGCAAAUGGAAGAAAACUGGGUUGGUGGUUUUCCUCGAAAUUUGGAGAGACUCCUUGAAAAACUACCAGAAGGCAGUUAAGGAUGCAAGGGCAGCAUUUUACUCAAAUUUGAUUUUAGCUAAUUAUUCAAACCCCAGAAUUUUAUUCAAGGUUUUAGAGUCUCUUUCAAACCCUUCCCCCUCUUAUUUUACUGAUGCUUCUCAAGAAACCUGUGAGAAGUUUUUAAUUCAUUUUAUUAACAAGGUUAUGGACAUCAGGCAUCAAAUCACCCCUCCCAGUCUCCCUGUACUCUUAAGUCGGGAAGUUAAGCACUUUUUUAGUAGUUUUGAGCCGGUGUCCUUAAAAUUUUUAUCUGAUAUUUUAGCCAAAAUGAAACCAGCUACGUGCAGUCUUGAUUCUAUCCCCACCAGAUUUCUCAAAGAGGUUUUUAACGUGGUUGGGCCUAGCAUUUUAUCCAUCAUUAAUAGCUCUCUAGUGGAGGGAGUAUUUCCCUCUGCUUUUAAACACGCUGUGGUCCAACCCCUUUUAAAGAAGCCAAACCUUGACCCCUCUGAUUUUAACAAUUUUAGACCAAUUUCAAAACUUCCAUUUUUAUCCAAACUUUUAGAGAAGGUGGUUUCUAAACAGCUUUUAGGUUUUAUGUCCGAAAACAACCUCUUUGAGAAAUUUCAGUCUGGUUUUAGAGCAGGUCACAGCACUGAGACUGCCCUCCUCCGUGUGACCAAUGACCUUCUUUUAGCAGCAGAUAGAGGGGAGGGCUCAAUUUUAAUUCUUUUAGAUCUCAGUGCAGCUUUUGAUACAGUUGAUCAUACCAUUUUAAUUGAACGUCUUAAAAACUGGGUGGGUGUCAGGGGCACUGCACUUGGCUGGUUUCAGUCGUAUCUUUUAGAACGAACCUUUGCGGUCACCAUAGGCAAUCACACCUCCUCUACUUCUGCUAUCGCCUGUGGUGUUCCGCAAGGUUCAGUUUUAGGUCCAAUUUUAUUUUCUAUAUACAUGCUGCCCCUCAGCCAAUUAAUUCAGCGCCACAAAGUCUCCUUUCACUGCUAUGCAGACGACACACAGAUAUACCUUCCUUUGAGACCUGAGGACCCAAGAGGCCUAGCUGCUGUCAUGGACUGUCUAAGUGACAUUAACUGUUGGAUGGCACAAAAUUUCCUUCAGCUAAAUUAUUCAAAAUCUGAAAUAAUUCUCUGUAACAUACAAAACUCCCCCUCAUUCAGUCUUGUCUCGGUCCACACUCAGUAAUCAUCAAACCAACAGCCAGAAAUCUGGGAGUAACCUUUGAUUCAGACCUCACCUUCUCCACCCAUAUCAACAAGAUUGUCCAGUCCUGUUUCCUUCACCUGCGCUCCAUUUCAAAGAUUAAACAAAUACUCACCCAACCAGAUCUCGAAAAGAUAAUCCACGCCUUCAUUUUCUCAAGACUGGACUAUUGUAACUCUCUCCUCCCUGGUCUAAACAAGAAAUCACUCUCUCGCCUCCAACUAGUUCAGAAUGCAGCAGCUAGACUUUUAACUGGUUUUAGUCGACGGCAUCACAUCACCCCAAUUUUAGCCUCCCUUCACUGGCUUCCUGUCAGCUUUAGAAUUGAUUUUAAGAUUUUAUUGAUUACUUUUAAAGCGCUCAAAGGACUUGCUCCAAGCUACAUUUCAGAGCUUUUAAUAUCUUAUGAGCCAACUCGCAGCCUCAGAUCCUCUGGCGAAGGCCUCCUGGUCGUUCCAAAGUCGAGGCUCAAGACUAAAGGUGAUAGAGCUUUCUCCAUCAGAGCUCCUCGACUUUGGAACGACCUGCCAGAGGAGAUAAGGCGUGCAGAGACAGUCGCUUCUUUUAAGUCAAUUUUAAAAACUCACUUUUACAGACUUGCCUUUAUGUGAUGCCAUCUUUCAUCUUUUAUUGCCUUUUACCGUUUUUAUUUUUCUCCUUUUUCUUUUACCUCUUUCACCUCUUUCUUAUUUAGACUUACUGCCUUUUUAGCCUUUGUUUUACUUAUAAUCUUUUUAUUGAUUUUAAUGUUUUCAUUUUCCUUUAUUUUAUAUAUAUAUAUUUAAUUCCACUUUAUCAUUUAUAUUACCAUCAUUUUAUUUUAUUAUGAUUUUAUUAUUAUUAUUAAUAUCCUCUUUCAUACUUACUAGCCUGUUUUCUUCCCUCCUUUUCUAUUUCUUUUUUUUGCUUUUAUUUUGGUCCUCAUGGUCCCAUUUAUUUUGUAGGGUUCUUGUAUUGCCUGGGUUUCUUACGAAAAGUGAAACAGGCCUACAAUUCAGAUGCCUGUUUUUUAACUGAGCUUUUGUUUUUAUGUGUUUUUAUUUUCAAUGUGCUGAUGCUCUGUGCUUACAACUGUUGUCUAAGCACUUUGUAAACUUCUGUUUUUAAAGGUGCUAUAUAAAUAAAAUUAUUAUUAUUAUUAUUAUUAUUAUUAUUAAUAUAAGGUAUUAAUGUAUGCCUGUUUCAGUUCCCAUUAAAAUGUCCUUACUGGAGCUUUAACCUUGAGCAGACCAUACAGUCAAAGAUCUAUAGUAAUCUAGAAGCCUUGUAUUAGACUGGCCCAUACAUAUAUAGAGUCUUGUAUUACUGUAUUUUUUAAUUCAGUACAAUCCUAAACAACAAUACCUUCUCUUUUUGGUCAAAGGCUGUGGCCACACAUACUGUUUUGCACUGAAAGCACCCACAACCUCAAUUUUAAAACCUUUCUAACUGGUACACACAGUUGCUUGGUUACAAAAGUUGUCCCAUGGCACUUCUACUUCCCUGUUGAGUGAAUGUUGAGCCUUUUUUUUAAACAAUGGUGUGUAUAUGCCUCAUAUUUGCUUUCAUUCUGUAGCACUAAAGGGAUAAUCCAGUGUAAAUUUAAGUAUUGGUCAAACACAACUUAACACUGAGUUAGACACCCCCUCGAGAGAUAAAAGUUGCCAACCGCUUGCUUCUUUAGUUAUACCAACUCCAUCAAAGCCUGCACCAUAGCAAUACACAGCGGUCUAUGUCUCCACAACCUCAACCAAAAAGCCACUAUAUAGCCACAAAUAAUGCUCAGAACAGCACCUAACUUCAUCAACAGUACAUAAAGGGUCUUAGCCAUAGCAUUAGCCACCAAACAUGUUGGGGGUGCCCUGAAGAGUCGAUCACUGGGUGCUGCAGAGUUUCGCAGCUCAAGAACAUUUAUGAUCAUUACUUUGUGGAACUGCAAUCAGACCGAGACAUGAAGGCAGAAGAACUACUGGGUCUGCAGUCCAAAAUGAUUAUUAUGAUGAUUUGUUACUUCAUGGAAAUGAUCUGCUGCACUCGAUGAUCGACUCGUCAGGGCUCCCCCACAAACAAGAAGCUGCUGGAGGAGAGUGGGUGAGUCAUGUUUGGUCUCUAUUUUUUUUUAUUAAUAAAAACAAUCAAGAAAUAAUGUCUUGGCAUGAGACGCCACUAUGAAAGUGUAUCAUAGAAUAAUAGUUGUUUCCUCUUCCAUACAUAUACCACUGUGGUCCAAUUAAGUAAAACAGAAGUAAUUUAAUGGAAAGAAGACGUAAGGUCUGUAGGAUCGAUAGCGUCGCACACAGUUGUUGGGUGUGUGAACAUGGUGUGAAGUAUUUUACUGACACAAAAGUGAAGCUAAAGCAUCAGUGUGGAUGCUGGCUGGGCAAGGAGGUAGGGCGAGGGAGUAAGAGAGACCAAGGCUACAGGAAGACAGUUUUCAUAUCAGAUAUGGAGCACAUGGCCAAGUUGGUGCUACACAUCUAAAAGGAUGAGGCCUAUCAACACUCUUGGAACCUCAUGAUAAUUAUAUCCCGCCACCACAAUCUUAACACACAAAGGGUGUCACAGGUCAUGUUUCAAAAGUUGAACUAUUUUUAAUUGACAAUGCCAAGAACACGGCAUUGUUAAAAACAGGAGAUCUACAAGUGACCACAUGUAGGCUUUGCUGUCAGUGUAUGAAUGUGGUGUGAAUGAGUUAAUGUGGCUCGAAAUGUAAAACUGCCUUGAGUGGUCGCAGGAAUUAAGAGUAAUACAGUUAGUUAGUAAUACAGCCUAUUUCCCAAAUAUCAUAUCAGGUCAGACUGGAUGUGUUUAAUUAGUUAAAGGGAGUAAUAGGCCCUCAUCAGAAUGCAACACAUGGAGGGAACCAAGGCCAUUUUAUCAGAUUAGCCUUUUAUUUCACAGGGAAUAAAAUCUAACUAGGCUUAUGAAUAAUUUUAACAUCAAGCACACAUCAGGGCUCAUUACGAAGUUCAGAAAAUGAAGAAAAUAUCACAUUUUUAAUUAUCCAGUAAAGAUGAUCCCUUUACCUUUUAGUACAAUUCUGGGACUCACAGUGUGACUGUCCUUUUAUGACUCCUGCCUCUAAGUCUGACGAGGUUGUUACACAGUGAGCCAGACUAUAAGAAAAAAAAAAGGAAACCUGAUGUGACCCUGAUGGUAUCGGAGCUAGACAAUAGAACAUUGACAGAAAAUAUGUUAUUUACUGAUAAAAUGAUGUAUCCUAGAAUAUAACUCCCUCCAUUAUCUCUAUUUUGGUCCCUCUUUCUCACUGUCAGCUCUUUUAAUGUCAUCUCUCUUCUUUCUUUGCCUCCAGAUCUGUCUCUUUUAUGAGUCUGUAGACUUCUGUUUCCUCUUUUGUCAAGGCGUAAUUUUGUCUUUAGGCUCUUCAGUCCACAAGCAGCGAAUUAUUGUACAUCUUUCAAGAUGUGACAGGAUCUUUUGUUAUAAAACGCCGCUUUAGAGCAUGUAGGGAAAAGACUGCUGUCAAAAUUAGAAUCAGCUCAAACUGACUUAGACUGUGCUGUUCUGUGAUGGCUUUCAUUACUACUGUGGCAGUCAAGGACACAGCUUCUUUAUAAGCAGGCACACUCUCUUAGGAGAAUGGAUGUUAGCCAUGAGCAGUUUAAGGUCAUGUUUUUUCUAAAUUUUCUAUUUUUACAAUUUUUUCAAAUUGGUUUAAGUCAAUAACACGCCACAAAUCGGUCGCUCUAAGCAGACAGUUUGAAGAGAAGUAUUUACGCAGAGCUGUGACACAAAGAAAAAGAAAGAAAGAGGAUAGCUUGCCCAACAGCUGAAUGACAACCGUAUUACAGAACAAUGCAACAAAACGUUAUUCAUUUUUUUAGUAGUGCUUGAAAAAUGCUGGACAAAGAUAACAUGGUCAUGCUAAGACCCAAAGUAGUAUGAUAGCUUGCUGAAAAUUGUCAUAACCAGCAUGUAUCUUUAACUUUUGUCUCAGUGAAGACUGGUGCAUGCACAUCUUGCAAACCUCAUAAAUGUUUGUUGCACUAACUUUCUUCUGUUCUAUGAUGUCUCCUCUGCCAACCUCACUGGACAAACAGUUGAUUUUAUUUUCCAUUAUCAUUGAUUUGACUUCAUAUUAGCAAUUAAUUUGAAAAAUCGAUUCUUGGUAAACGAGAUGAUAUGAUAUAUCACCAGACAAAAUAUUGUGAUACCAUGCUGUAUCGAUUUUUUCCCAACCUAAUUGAUACAUUGGCGACCUGUUCAGAGUUGACCCUGUCUCUGGCCCAGUGAUGGAUGGAGUAAGUACCAGUUAGUCAACUAGUCACAAAGGGAAGAUGGUCCAGGUCAGAGAGAAGAGGCAUAAGUUCUUUUUUUUUUUUUUUUUUUUCAAAUAAAAUACAAAAGAAAAAAAAAAAAACAAAACAGAAAAAACAGAAAAAAGUUUCUGGUACUAGUGCCUGCAAUAGACCUUUUUCACAGUACCCGGAAGUUAGCAUUCUGCUCACUUCCGGUGUUAGCGUGUGGUGGAGCCACUUAGCAUCGCCCAUAGAUGGCCAUUCAUUUUUCACGAUAUUAACAAGCUUGCGACUCAUUAUUUUGAACUGUCUGGAUUUUGUACUUUACUUUUUGGGAAUUAUGUUUAAUAAGUCAUUACUGAAGAGCAAUGGUUACCAUCAUCAGAAAAUUUCCAGACCUAUUAAACAUAAUUCCCGAAAAGUACAAAAUCCGGACAGUAUUAUGAAGAACAGGAGUUAGUAAAACAGCACAGAGCAUAAAAUUUUACUUUACUUUUCAAAAAAAACGAGUUGCGAGCUUGUUAAUAUUGUGAAAAAUGAAUGGCCGUCUAUGGGCAAUGUUAAGUGGCUCCACCACACGCUAACACCGGAAGUGAGCAGAAUGCUAACUUCUGCGUACUGUGAAAAAGGUCUAUAAUGUAAAACCACUUUCACCCCUGUGCAUGUGCAUGGAAAGACUGUGGAGACUGGUUGAAAAGGCCCUGUCAGCUUAUUCACCGGACACCAAUAAUCUCUGAGUUGAUUAAAAUGAACUAGUUUAAGAUGGAUAUAUGAGUGACAGUUUUAAGAUUUAAAAAACUAUGAAACUUUUCUAUGAAAUGGCACGGCCUUUAUUAGUUGAGCAGUUAUUGGACAAAGUAGCUCAUGAGCUCACCUCGUCAUAUGUCAAAUUUCUAAAGUUCAACAUUGAAGACAAAAGAGAGGGGAUUGCACUCAUACUACUUUUAGUAAUCAGAUGCACACCAAAGAUAGACAACCAAGUUAAGAAGAAGAAGCCCUGAAUAAGGAUGUUUCAGAGUUUUUAAUGCAAUUUUGUUGCAAGGGUGGGGGAGAGAGACAGGGGACAUGCUUUCCAGGGAGUAAAGGAUGUGUGGUAAUAAGGUUCAGCCUUCUUUGGCUUCAAAACAAGUCUUGAAAUAUGAAGCCAAACACACAUUUUUGAAGCAGCUUCACAGAAGAAACAUAUUUGCACAUCCUGUACUGCACCAGUAAGAGCUAAGGCAUAAUUAAGACAAAUUAAGUCUUAUUGCUCUGAAGGAAAAAAAAAAACAGAUGCAGUCAGCCAGUCACUCCAGUAAUAUUCUUUCUUUGGUCGUAUUGCAGACAGGUGUUUGAUCAUGAAAUAGAAAAACCUGUGGAAAGCUGCAGAUGAAACACCACAUUUGCCCUUGAAAACUGCGGCAGUUUCUCUUCAUGUAAUUAUGGAAGUGACUUUGUUCUUUCACACUCAGCAGGAGUUAAUAGAGUUUAGUGCACAUCCACAUGAUACGAGUGGAUGUCUUAUCCGUUUCACAACCAUAUCCAAAAGCUGCAUAUUUUCAUUUGCAUCCAGACUUCAACUAAUCUUUGAGAAAAUGUCCCCACUUCAAUAAAAAUGAUGCUAUGUAUGCUGCCUGCCACCCUGAGGCAAGGCAUGUCCCUGCAGUAUGAUACACUUCAUUUAGCACGCUCUCCUCUAUCCUGCUCCUCUUCUCUGCUAUCUCACCUUCCCUCUCAGUCUUUUCAACAAGCUUAGCCCAACCCAUACCGCUUUUCAGCAGGGAGCGGAAUGAUAAAGCUGAAAAUUCUCAGUAUGGCACUACAAAGCUGGCUGUAUUUCUACAGCUGGAGAUCAUUUCAAAGGCAGUUAAUUAAAGGCGCUCUUCAGUCGCCAGUGCCCCAGUGUCAGAGCUCCACGCAUUGUGGGCUGAAGAAAGAAAUAUAGAAAGGAGGAUGCAGGGGAUCCUCCUUGAGUGUGCUGCUCUGCAUGUCUGGAGAUAGGAAUAGAAUUUAAACAGAGCUGUUUCAUGAUUGAAGGACACCUGAAUGUAUCAAGUAUUUUUUUUUUUUUAGCAUGCUUUAAAGAUUAUUGUCCAUUUGUUGAGUUACACCAUGAAAAAUAGUUGUUCUGUCCUCAAUGCGUAGCUUGCUUGUGUUGACAGGCAGCUAAACACUUCACUCCAAAAAAUAACACAGAAGGUAUCAUUUUUCUGCCAGGUUUAUGAUGAAGUAAUGUGUGGAACUAAAAGAGAUAAACAAAAUAAUACAAUCAUGAAUACUGCAUUUAUGAAGAUGCAUAAACCAUAAAAUAAACAAUUCCACAUCUGUGAACAAUACAAACCAAAGCCUAGCAUGGCUUACUAAAAUAGCUCACUCAAAGUAGGCUAAUUACAUGUGAUACAAACGAUAACACAAAUGAGUACAUAAUAUGCUAAGACUCGAGCAUGUAACCAUAAAUUCACAUGUAAACACAUACCAACGAUGAAACUCGUAGAAGAUGUAUGCUGAAGUGGCUAGAAGCUGGCAAAUGUGUUUCUCUGAGCUUCUUUGUUGUUUUUUUUCCUGUCACUUCCUGGAUGAAGGUUAUAUUCAGCAUUGACAAAGCCUAACCGCUGAAGCAAAAUCUUCCAGUAGAUGGCGGUACGGCUAUUUUGACUCGUUCAUUUUUUUAACUCACUCAAAUGAAACAUGAAAUGUAUGAAAUUAAACACAUCAAGUCCUUUUUUAACUGGUUUUAACUUUUUAUCUGAAUCUUGUGAAUUAAGCUGAACAAUAGUCUACAUGCAUAAAAUAUGAAACUACACCAUCCUUUACUUAAAGAGCUGCAAAAAAAAAAGUAUGUUCAUCACUCAAAAAGGUGUUUUGUCGAUUAAAUGCCAAAGGGCAUUGGGUGUUUAGUUUUUACUGUAGCAGUUACUCCAAGUAAGUUUCAGACUUUUGAUUCAGGUAGCUUCAAGAAUUUGUGUUCACACAUGGAUGAAAAGCAUCUAUAAACAUCCUGCUUCAGCUCUUUACAAUCAUCCAGGUAGUCUGUUUGGGUUUGUAAGAUCUUAAAAUAAGAUUCAUGUCUGUUGUCAGGUCAAGAUUUAAGCGCCUAUAUUUUUAUCAUCAUACGAGUUUUUCUCUAAGUCAGACCAAGAUACCUUUAUGGUGUGGUUGGGGAUUGAUUUUCUUCCAUAUGUAUGUGGCUCAGUCAAACAGAAACUGGCUCUAGCAUCAGGAUUUGCAUGCUGAGGUUUAAUCUGGAAGCUGAAUGACUUAACUGUGUUGCUAUGAAGCGGAGUGGUCUAAUGGUAUCGAAUGGUACAUUUAAUAAAUAACCUUACAUGUCAUCAUCAAUUUUUUUUUAUGAUAUUCAACUUUAUGAUUUAUCAUCAGCCCUGUGACUGAAACAUCUUUGGAAAGGGUAUUGCCUCAUUUAACCAUUCUUUUCCAUGUUUUAAUGUUGAUAUUAGUCUGUCUUGUGUUUGGAUCACUUUAUUUCCUGCAGUGUCAAACUGUGAUUUUAAUUUGAAGUUUACUCCCUCUGAUAGAUUAUGAGUUCUAGAGCUGGGGAAAAAAAACAGUGAAAAUAAAAGCUGGAAGUAAUAAAUGUUAAAUUGAUUUGUAACCAAAAGAGGUGUGCAGUUGCUUCAAGAGCCACUAGUUUUAAUAGUGCACAGUCCUCUCAUAGAAGGCUGCUACAGCUAGCUUGCUGCUGGCUGGUGCUGCUUCUUCUGAUUCAUGAUGUGUGGCAACCAAGGACCACUUCUUUGAACUCUUGAUAUUACCUAAUGCUUAUUUUAACACAAUAUCUCUCUUUUUUUUUAAAUAUAGUUUUUGGGGUUAUUUUGGCGAGUUCAUACAAGGUCCAGGUUUGUUUUUUUGUGUGUCAAACCUGGAAGUGGAUCCAAGAAUAACCACAAUCACACUGCAAACUUGUGUGAGUCUAGCUUAUGAUUAGGAUUCAGGAGUAAAAGUGAAGUGUAAAGAUACAUAAAGCUGCAGACUCCACAUAAAAAAGCAGUAGAGAAGAGAAAAGGUAAUCACAGAGUUUAAUUGAAGCUUCAAAAGAUUUAAGAGGUUAAAGCUAGCAUCAACCCUUUUCUCUGAGCCUCUUUAUUUACUAUUUUGUGAAAUAUGGGUCAAAAUGUUUCGGGGGCCUAUCAAAAUCUAUAAAGGUUAAACCUUUUCUGUUGGUUUCAGGCCAGCUCUGAUUUCCUAUUAAAGAUAUUUUCAUUGUUUUUUUUUUUUUUGUUGUUUUGUUGUUUUGUUUUCUUUUUUCCUGUGGUGUUGUUAUGUAUGUUUGCAGCCUUAAUCUCUUUCUUUUUUUUUUUUACAGUGUGUAGAGGCCAAAAAGUACUGCUGGUAUUUCGAAGGUGGAUAUCCCAUCUACUUCAUGUAAGUACCAUCAUGAUAAACACUACAGUCCACUCAAACAUUUGACAAAGCAACAAAAACGUGCACUUGUAUUUACUACUAAUGCUAAAAAUGUAUUUUUGAUGAAAGAUGAAACAUCGGUCCUGGGUUGUAUCAUGGUUGAGUCAUGGAGCUGUGUAGUUUGGCAUUUUAUUGUCACUGAAGCUAAAAUGUUAACCCUUUCGAUACUCUUAGUAUGUAUAAAUCACAUAGGAUUGAAUGUUUUCAUUUGACCAACCAUUAUACCAUUAUAAUUUGACCAACACUCUAAAAGGAGGGUUCCUCCAGUAGUAUAAGGAACAUCCCUAAACUGUUUGUGUUUGUCACAGCUUUGGCAAAGUGGAGUUUGUUUUCUACGAUCCACACACAGGAAAGGUCUUCUCCUCCUUUCUGUCUUUCUCUCUUUUCAGUUGGUGUUCCUUGCUUUGUUUUUAUAAAACCAGGAGUCCAGUUUUUUUUAUUCCUGAAAACAAACCAGUAUAUUUUUCCAGUUUUCCUUUAGUUUUCAACCAGCUACAUAGUCAAUCAUUUGUAUAUUUUUAUCAUCAUACUAAUUUUUCUUGUAGUCAGACCAACAUACCUUUAUGGUGUGGUUAGGGAUCGAUUGUCUCUCCCUUGUAUAUGACUCAAUCAAACAGAAACUGGCUGUAGUGUUGGGAUCUGCACACUGGGGUUUAUCUGAAAGUUGAAUGUCUUUACUGUGUUGUUAGGAAGAGGACUGGUCAACCAAAAUUUGACAGAAGAAAAAGGGAUGAAAAAUAAAUAACGCUUCCAUAUUGUAUUGUACAUUUAUAAAUAACCUUACAUGUAAUAUUCUCGUAAUAUUCACACACAAAAAAAUGCUUGUAAUGGUUGAGAAAUGAUGAUAAAGUCAAGAGCAAAAACAAAUAACUUUUCAAGUCUGUGAAAACAAAUGGAAGGAGAUCACAGGUGAGGUUCAUCAGCUAACAGUCAUUUCCCCAGAUGCAGAAAAAGCUGUGUGCUGCUGAAACAACAAUGACUAAACAGAAGAGAAAAGACAGAUGACAAAUGGAUGAUCAACAGACUGUUCAAUUUUUGUGUUGUCAUGUAUUGCAUACAUGUCUCAUCGAUCAAGCUUAUUUCAAAGAAAUUGGAUGAUCUAGUCACAGAGUUGUGUGGUGUCUGAAUGUAGCCGGCCUCCCUGACUCAUUGAAAAUCAGCAUGCUGGAUGAAAAAUAAAACACAGUGUACAUGUUUUUGGAUGUUUUUGUUUUAAACUGAUAUCAUUUACAACACUCCAUUUAAUCUAUAAAAUGCAUAUACAUUUAAAAUUAUCAUGAAAUUUAAGUUUCAUUUGCAAAAAAUACAGUAAACACCUGUGUACCAAAAUGAGGGGUUAAAUCUGCAGUUCUUUGCGGAGGUAAACAAUAAAUAUAUUUAUUAAAAUGUAGGAUGAUCACACAGAAGAUAUAGAAGACAUCACCAUUUCUUAUUCACAGUUUAAUGGUUGACUAAACUGUUGCAGUGACUUUAUACAGAGAAGUGAAACUAUAGGGACUCGAAUUCAUCUCCAUUUCAAACAGCUGACACAUUUAUCCACAGGCUUUUUGCGGGGUUCACACAGUAAGACUCUAAACAUCUCUCUGCCUCAACCUCCGUCUUUUCCUUGGUGCUGUGUUUAUUUGCCUGCAGCAGCCUGACAGAUUAAUAGGAGGAUUUAAGAUCUCGCUGUUUAGGUCUCAUGAGAAAACUCCUCAGUCCCCUCCUUUCCCUGAUGCCUGUUUCAGUGUGACUAUUUUCGUGGUCCCGGUCAUCUAUCUUUACAAGGACAAAACACUGAAAUAACAGUGGACACCUAGAAAACGAUUACAUGUAAUCAGGGUUAAAAACUGGAAUUAACACAGGAUAAAUACGAGUGACUUAACCUUCUGUCUCUUGCUGUGUUUGCCCCACUUUCCUGUUUCUCCUCUGUUCUAGCAAGUAAUCCCAAAAUGGCCCACAGAGUAACUUGGAUAAACAAGUGUCAAAGCUGUGACAAACACGGCACGCCGGAAAGAUGAAGAUGGGUCAAAAGGGAGAUCAUGAACCUAAAAAAGCUGAGAUGGAUAAAAAAAAGAUCCACGCCAUGCCAGGGGGAGUUAUGAGGCUUUGCAUAUGAUCAAUGAAAGUCGCCACAGCAGCAGCCUUGAAUCACUGAGGGUCUGACUCACAAAUAUUGUCUUUUUCCGGUUGCUGCUCUAAAAAAACAGGUGGUCCUGUUCAAGAAUAGUACUACUAAAAUGCAUUCUAACAUGAGUGCCUACUGUAUUUAUCCUUCAUAUUGUUUGUUACUGAGACCAGCUUGAGAGCAGCCUCUUGUCUGUCUAAACUCAGUCAUUUUCAUUGUAAUUGAUAAAAAAUUUCCAGUAAUUUCAGUUUUAAAAAGUAGUAUUACAAAUUUAGAUUGAGUAGUAAUGUCUUUGGCUGUGAUAGUUAAGGCUACUAUCCUCAUGAAUCCUACUUGUUUUGGCAAUAAAAGUAGAGAGAAAGGGAUCAGGCCUACAGUGCCACAACUUACUGUAGUCUGCAGGUCAAAAUAUUGUGCUUAUUUGGAUAUGGGUAAUUUGCGUAGACUUGUUCAGGAGUGUGUAUUUGUUGUCUUGUCAGCUGAGCUGUGCAGAACUUUUUUUUAGCCUUCUGGUCAUAAAUUUGCUGAGCAAGCUCAAGAAAGUUCCCUGAGUUUGAAGAUGUGCUGCUUUCAUUAUGGACACUGAAUGCUAUAUUUUUCUAGCAAGAUACAAUCUUAAGUCUGAAAGUUUGGCCUUCUUUUCUGUGUUUUGCUGUCUUUCUUGUUUGUUUUUUUUUGCUUUGUUUUCCAAAUCUGCUCGGCCCAGGGGUCUCUGUCUCAAGUUGCUCUAUCUAACCACGCCCAUCAUAUGUGCGUCUGUUUCUUUAUGUUCCUCUAUUUUAUUUCUUUGCCGUUUUUCUAGUUGUUAACUCCCACAGUCUGUGAAGUUGAAAGAGCCUGUAUCUAAAACAAAGCAUGGGGCCGUUUUCCACAGAGUAGUCUAGCGGGGGGGUUUGUGGGAUGAGCGCCCUCUGCCUGGGGACACCUCCAUUCCAGAAACUUGUCCAAGUAGCAUGUGUUGUACUUUUGAACAUAUGCAGGAUUGGUAAUGCAGACAGAAGUGUGAAGUCUGUGUUAUUUAAAGCAGUGUCAUGUGAAUUUUCAGCGGUUUUCAUUUCAUGAUACUUACUUCUGUGUCUUUUUACUCCAGGCUGUUCUUCUUCAUAAUGUCAUUCCCUGCUUUCUUCACCAGUAUCACUCUUCUCAUAAACAUAAUCUCUGACCUUGAUACCUUCAUUUUCAUCAUUUUCAUGUCUAACCAUUUUAGACUGUUCCUUCUCAUAAUCUUUCUCCCUCUGAUAUAAUUCUCUUCUUCAACUUCUCAGUCCUUGGCAUCACCACUAUCUCUCUCUCUCUGAUAUGAUCUUGAUUCUCAUGAUCACUUUCUCCUGAAUCUUCAUCAUCAUCAUCAUGAUCAUUUCUCUCCCUGGCACCCCUUAGCUCUCUGUUUCCUCCAUCCACACUGUUAUAUGGGCAUUUGCUGGUGGAGUGUACACACUUAAAACAGCUGGGCUGAGAGGUAACCCAACUUUAACCCAACCAGGUGUGACCAAUUGGAAUGUGUGUGUUCAGUUGAUUAUGAGAACAAAUUCCUGUAUCCACGAGAACUGGAGAAAAAAGACUAACAGAAGACUGUCCGAUGUUCAAGAGUUUCUGUCUGGCAAAGGUUAUCAGAGAGGAAGAGCAGAAAACCAAACAAAAAAACAAAAAGUACGUGAGGGCUGUAAUCAACCAAAAAUCUUGGUCGACUAAAACCCUAAAAAUUUAGACUAAAAAAUCCACUAAUGGAAGGGUGGGGGGCACAGCUCAGCGGAGUAAAAAUAUAGUAGACAUCGAAGCUCUUCAAUCUUCCUGUCUCCAGCUGGUCUCCAGUGGGUUGGGUGAAUCCAACAUGGUAAAAACAAGGGGGGUGUUCUGAGACAGGCUGUUACCUUUGAAACGGGGGUGCUCUGAAAACACCCCCAUUAGACCAAUCAGAAUUUUGGUUGACUCAGCACAUAUUGACCAAUAAGUCCACCAGUCCACUAGGACUUUACAGCCCUAGAGGGCUGAAAAUUGAGUUGCCCUGGCACUACACCAUCUUGGUAUUAUAGGCCCAUACUGUAAGGCUGCAUGAUAUUGGAAAAAACUAACACUGUGAUUAUUUUUCAACCCUGCGAUAUACAUUGAAAUAUUAAAAAAUACUGGAAUUUUCACCAGAUGAGCUGAAUAGCACUUUAUCUUAUGCUGCACUGCUGAAAUCUUGUGGACAGUUAACCUGCACUGAUCUUACCUCUUUUUGUGAAUGUUAGUAGAAUGGUGUCUGUCUGUCUUUGAGAUAUUUUUAGCUUGCUUUUAUUGUGUACUGGGAUGUUAUUGUGGCAACAGAUGAAGGCACUGCCCACACAGAACACGUAUUUUGGUCAACAUCAUCUUUCUUGUAACCAAAAUAAUUCCAGAUAACUGACUUUCCUUUUCUUAUUGGCAACAAAUCUUCAUUUUCAGUGGUUUUCUCUUGUUUGUUGCUCAUUUUGCAAUUGUUGUUGUUGUUACCGGUGUUGUGCCAAGAAACGCAUGCCCGCCAAGAAUGCAUAAAAUUAAAACCCAUACAAUUCCUAUUUGUUAGGCUAAACAGUGAAGAGUAAUGUUCUGACAGUAAUUCUCAGUGGACAUGCAUUUCUUGGCACAACACCGGUAGCGCCAGCAACUCACUCCAUGUGGAGGCCAUGUGCAGGGGCGUGGUUUCCUCCUCUCUGAUUUUGAUUGAUGGCUGGCAGGGUAGUCUGAUUGGCGACUGAGUAAAGAACAAAUGUGAUAAGCGGAUCACUGCACAGCACAGCAGAGUCACAUGGAGUGUAUCUCAGUCAGUUACCCUUGAAAUUAGAUGAGUUCAUUUGCCUCCUUCAUCACAGGCUCUGCAAUGUGACUAUCAUGCACACGUACAUUGCGAUGACGAUGCUCAAACGAUAUAUCGUACAGCUCUACCUUACUGCCAGUCAUCUGUUGGGUCUUUGCGGAUUUAGGAAGUCACCGUAGAAUGGAAAAACUUCCUCUAACAGGCAGAAACCUUAAGCAGAACCAGACUCAUGUUAGACAGUCAUCUUCUGCUCCUGCGUUGGGAUUAGAGAGAGGAUAGAGGGAGAUGCAGGAAGAGAUAGAUGAAUAGAGACCAACAACAACAGCAGUACUAGUCUACACAGACGUGGUUAUAGUGCCAAAAAUAAUGGAACUAGCUUGUGUGCUAUUUACAGGAGCAGCGUGUUAAUAAUAAUAAUAAUAAUAACUUGAUUAACGGCAGAUUGAAGACAACUGAUGCAGAUAGCCUGCCAAAUGCAAAUGCAAUAAGAAAAUAAAAAUAAAAAACACUAACUACAGCACCCUCAACUUCAGGCCUCUUCCUACAGCUCUACUAUUUAACACUGAACUUACUUGUGUCAGAGUAUUGCUAUGUUCUUGGCACUCGUACUUUAAAGAGGACUUGUGGGCUCAAGCUCUAACUCUUAGAGUAACCAGCUGAACUUGUGCAAACAUAAUGCUUUAAUUUACAUCGCAAGAGCAGCCUGGACAGUUGUUUCGAACCCUUAGACUGAACCCUUCCCCAGUCUAAGAAAGACAAAGAAGAGUUUCAUGAAUGACAAAUCUUUUUAAUCUCACAUAAACUAUGUUUUAUAUGGCUUUUACAGCACUUAAUGUGUUGUACAUUUACCAAAGAGAAUAAAGAUUGAGGCAGUAUUUGAUAAUUGUGACUUCUGUCUUGCAUAAUCAGAUUCUUGUUGAAGCCUUCAGAUAACUGUGGUCUAAAUUUACAUGAACUUCUCCACCAUGCCUCCAGGAAAAGAACAUAUAUAGAUAAAAACAUUCAAGGACGGCUGCAGGGAUUGGCACAAUAUGGAACAGAGCAAAGCCUCUCCUGGCCCUGGGUCUCCAGAGACGAUGGUUGCGCAUCCUUGUUCUGGUUUUAAAAUGCCAGACAGGAGUGAGGGUCAGAGGGAUGCACGGUCAUGCUGGCGACCCACAGUGAUCUAUCACACAAACACACACACUGUUAUUUCCAUAGACUGAUCUAUGGAGAGUAGAGGCAGUUGGCCUCUAGUCUGAGCACCUCGCUCUCAGGCUGCCAUUGAAACAUUUUUUUUUUGUUUACAAAGCAGAAAUCAGGAUUAAUGGUGGCAUUAUGACCCACCUGUGUGCUGCCUGAAGGCUUGUUACCGUAAAAGAAAUGUCAGAGCACUAUAAUGAGGCUUUCUGUGCCACUACAGUACAUACUGAAGAGGACACUGUUAGCUCUAUACUCUUUUUAUGGCAAGCUUAAAAAAUAAGAAAUGAAUCCAAGAAAAUCAAAGUAAACAAAGUCAAUUCUGUGAACAUGGAAGUAGUUCAAGAUGCAAAACUGAGCUAAAAGACUGAACAGAGGGACUUUUAUCAGCUAUUUAACAUCAACUGAUGUUUUUGUCACAAUGAUAUCACAAGUCAUACUAAUUGUCAAGGCACUUUGGAUUUGCUAGUUAUUGGAUCUAGUUAUUCCGGGUGUUACUUUUGACCAAUCAGAAUUGAGUUGUAAACACAGCCAGGUAAUAAGAUGAAAAAAAUGUUGCUUUUGGGGCUGUAGAACAGCUUGAUUUAUCACCCAAAAGCUUGUUGACGGCAGCUUUUAACACAGAUUAAUGUCAAGAAGGAAGUAUUGAAUCCAGCGUGCUUUAAAUUUAUGACACCUAAUUAGAGUUAAAACUGAGAGAGAAUAUUGCUGUGGUUAACUGUAGGGGAAUUAGUUGAGUGUCUGUGCCAAGAAAGCCAGAUGUUCUACCUGCUGCAUGAUGCUAGUUUCAGUCUCUGAAUGGUCUUACUGAUUCAAAAUUCAUAGUUUUCACAGAUUGGUUUAAGUGCAGAAAAUUAAACUUGUUUAGGUAAGUUUCUUGCUGUAGUUCAUCUGCUGCAGUGAUCUUUUAUACUGCAUUGAAAGUGUGACAAAGCCAAAGUCAUGACCUGAGAGUCCAAUUUGAUUUUUUCAAACUGAUUAUUUUAGUUUUUUUGGUGAAUUUGUUGAAUUAUAUGUUUUUUUACUCUUUAAACUUUUGAUGAACACUGAAAAUGUACUUUUCAAUUCAUUUCUUUUUUCCAAAAUAAAAGGGUUGAAAUUGAAACCUCAACUUCUCCUGCAUGUUUUAUUUGAAGUAUAAAAUCUUUAGUCUAUGAGUUAUAAAGCUAAGAGGUUAUGUGAGUUUCUUUCUGUGUACACUUGUGUCUAAUUGUAUUGGUUCCUUGGUGUGUGUGUGUUCUUUUGUUGUAGAUGCCGCUCCUAUGAGGACUGCUGUGGGACUCGCUGCUGUGUGAGAGCCCUGUCCAUCCAGAGACUAUGGUACUUCUGGUGAGUCACAGUUAGGCCUUUGUCUCUUGUCUCCGCUCAUAGAUAAGGACAGAGCAAACUUCCCUCUUGACAGCCUACUCAGUACCACACUUGAACUCCUCUGCAUGACUCAUAACUCCUUUGCUAAAUUCAUAGUUCUGAAAAUUUGAUGUAUUUCCUUUAAAAAAGAAUGAAUGAAAUCUUUUGCAGCCGGUAAGCAAAGCACAAGCAUGCUACUCUGCAGGGACCUGCUGACGUUAUACUCCUGGAUCCCUAAGAAGGUCCUUGAGUUAUUAAUGUUUCAUCUCUACUGUGCUGUCUCUAUCCGUGUCUGAAAAAUAAAUAAAUAAAUGCUUCACAAUCUGUUAUAUUUUAACAUUAGCUUGGUCUGUAAAUACUCAAAUAUGUGUGUGUUGGUUAGAAACUGAUUCAAACAGCUGUGAGAAGAUUUGCAAUAUAAAUUGAAUUCAUGCCUUCAGCUGUGCAACCCCGCAAAAAUAAUUAGGGAGUAUUGUUUAAUACUUGAAGCAGAAUUCAGCGUGCUUAAACAGAGAUUGUAUAAUUAGCUUUCAUUUGCACUUAUCAAAAACUGGUUUAAAACAGUCGUUGGAGAGAUUUCCUGCUGCACACUGUUGGUUUUGGAUAAAAACAGCAUUUAACUUUAUUUUAAGUAGAAGCAGCAUUGUUUAUAUCUCAACAGACACGAUAUUAUCCUAACCCUGUUAUCAUAGUUCUAACACUCACAGUUUUAUAAGAUGAGAUAAAACAGCACACACAGUCCUGCUCUGCUCAGUUGACCCAAUUUGAAAUGAAACAAAAAGGCUGACAGUGAAAGUCAAGAGUAUUAAAACAGAAGUAUGACAGCUAUAUUUUACCGUUAGCUUCACUUCCACCAACAGUGAGUGACUCACAUGUUAAAUGUGAAAGUCAUUUAUUGCAGAGUCACUUGUAAAAUUGCUUCCCCUUGAAAAGUGGCUUGUUGGUUUUAUUUAUAGAUUGCUAAAACACAUUGAAGUACUUUAAUGGAUUUAACAGUUCAAAAGACAAACAAAAUUGUGAGCAAAGAAUAUAUCAGGUAGUGUGUAAACAGAUGUAGGGGAGAGUGGGGUAAGAUGAGCCAUUUCUCAUAUUUCUCAGUUAAGCCACUGGCUCAACUUACCCCAGAACUACUAUGAUGACUUUAUUAGUCAUCUAAGCUCAAAUGGUGGACUUUUAUGCUAGGUUUUUGACCUCAUAUUGUCGCUCAUAGAUACCACAAUCAAUGUAUAAAACAAAUUUAAAAUGAUCUUUUUUGGUCUGAUCAAAAUUGUAAUAAAACCUUUGACAGACUAAAUUCACUUUCAAGGGUGAAAAAUGUUUUUUUGUAAAUAAAUGUCUAACCCCUUCACCCAUGUGCUUCUAACCUUCACAGACUCCAUGAAUUGAUGCCCAUCUCCUAAAUAUUUGGUCACAUGAUCAAUUUCCUUCACCAUUUCCAAGCAACAGGGGGUGGCUCAACUUACCCCACUCUCCCCUACUUUAUGUGACACAUGAAUGACGUAAAACAAUCAAACCACCAAAGGAUGGGGGGCUGGAGUAUGUACAUGUAUUGUAACAGCUACACUGACAGUUCCCUGAUAUUUGACUCAAAACUGACCAUUUUGUUGUGUUAAAUGAAAGCAAAAUCAGUCAUUCCACAGAAGCAAGCCAUAUUUUUGCAGACGAGUAAUUUGAUUGAUGCAGUGAGAUUGUAAUCCACAGGAGAUAGAUAGAGAGGGGCAUCUAUUUUAACUAGUAAAACAUCAGUGUGGAUAUUGGCUGUUCCUGAGUAGCUGAAAGCAACUUUAUAGUCAAUUUAGACUCAGACUUCAUUGCAGGCAGUCUUAUUUAUUGAGCCGUGCUCCUGUAAUUGAUACUAGUGACCCGAGAUGAACAGCAUUUAAAGUCAACAGAAACAAACACAAAUCAUUGCUUAGCCCAACCUGCAACUAAGACAGGGUAAAAUUUAUUUAUUUUCUUUUACAAAUAUGCCAGUGAUUGCAUUUCUGACAAGAUGGUUAGAAGUCUGAAUUUCACAGUGAAACACACUUUUAACAUUUUUUUGCCUUUAGCCUAGAGAUAACACGACUGUGGACUUUACUGAUUCAAACAUGUAAGCCAGUGAAUGCAAAGUUUGGUAUAGAAAGCAGCUGUGCUUGGUUUAGUCCUACUUUUCAAUAAGCAUCGAUUUACAAUGAUGUAUUGGAUAUGCCUGAAAAUAUUCACAGACAUAAUGACAGGGGAUCAAUGUGGACACUCAAUUAACAGGGCAGCUGUCUUGUUGGGAUAUUAAUGUCAUUUUGUCAUUCUGUGGUUUAAUAUGUCAGUUAAAGGGUCCUAAAGAGAGGUUAUAUAACAAUAAAACCACAAAUCAAACAUACGUCUUACUCAUACACUACAUUUACACAUCCUGUCCUCACCACUGUGGCACUGAGCUCCAAACAAAAUGUUUUUAUUUCUUUUUUAAUAUUGAAAGAGUUGACUACUCUCUUUUCACACAGGGUGCUGCUGAUGAUGGGAGUGUUGUUCUGCUGCGGUGCCGGCUUUUUAAUCCGCAGAAGGAUGUAUCCGUCCCCGCUGAGAGACGAGCCAGCUUUCAAUGUCUCCUUCACCAGACACCCUGUCACCACACCAGGUACCGUAGUACUGUUACAACCCUGCUCGUGAGGGGAAAGGACGCAACAUAAAACCCCGGUUCCGUGAUGUAAAACUUGUUAUUUAUUGCGAAAAGAAAUAACAAAGUGCUGCUCAAUAUAAAGUUGAGGCGAGGAACAGAGGGAUGUAGAGUUCUGCUCAAAGAAACAAAUAAACACAACAAAAGGCGACUUUAAACUAGAGAGGGAAAAUGACACUUUCUGAGGGGUUAGCAGCUCCCCAUCCCUUACAAUUCCACAAAAAAAAAUGUAAGGAUGCCUAGCCCAGGUUCACACUUUAAAGAAAUGAAGGUCCACAUAAAUGAUCAUUUUGACAAGUUUUACUGGUUGCAGAUCUUGGUUACAGCUUCUGCAUGCAACAAGUGUAACAAAGACUGGUCUGAGACUGUUCAGGUAUAUAUAGCUGUCCACGUUUCCAAACAGUCUGCUUACAUCUUGUUGACCUGAGGGAGAGUCCAUGUAGGGUAAGAACAAAGCACAACUUAUUCUGGGAGCCUGAGUGAUGUUAAACAGCUGUAGAAGGUCCUUAUUUUAUGAUACUUUCAGAGGCCCAUGGCUCCAGAAAUCUAGCACCAAAGUAUCCAAGGUAUUUGUGUGACACAGCUCCAUCACCCUUAAGGCUGACAUGACUGGCUAAAGAAAAUCAUCCUCACAAAAGAUAUACGAUUAAAUCGCCUCCACAUACGAAUGCUGACACAGAUUUCCUGACAAAGAAUCUAGUGAACGCGAGUGUCUACCUCCGAAGCGCUCCAAUCAUCCCUGAUUGGUUCUGCGGACUCAGCCCAUUAACCAAUCAGCAGCUGGUUCCCGUAGUAUCAACAUCCUCUCACAGUCACACACAGACACUACCAAACAAGGUAGAUGGGGCAACACAUGUAGUAAACACCCAGAGCAGGGGCGCAAAGCACACAAAGAGGCACCCUGUUGAAAAGGUGGCAAACACUGUGCCUAAUCUGCCUCUAAAAAAUGAUAGAAUAAAAAGAGUAAACAAAACAAACAAACAAAAAAAGGUUUUAUGAGUCAGGGUAUUCCAGGUAUAAAAUAUUGUGAACAUGGGGUGAAUCUGCUCAGAUUUACAUUCCAACUCUUGGAGCUGAAUAAUUUCCCAGACUAAUCUCAUCCUGUUCAUUCAGAUCCACACAGUGGUCUGAAAAGAAAGUUGGGAUUUUAGAGAGAAGUGGAGCGGCUGAUAAUAAAAUGAAUGAGAUUUUCUUCUGUGAUUCAGCCAAGCAGAAAAUGAAGCGCUCUGAGAAUAACCGCAGUGUAAAACCAAAUUCUGCAGAAAGUCUGAAUAGCAGAAAGGUGGCUCAGAGGAGGUCGCACUUGCUUCUUCUCCCUUUUAAACUCCAAAAAUAAAUUCCCCUUUAUGAGCGUCUGGUUCCAGUUAUUACAGACAGUUGGCCUAAGGAUGUGUAAGGACUUUGUUAGAGUCCUUUUGGGGUUUUGGGUUGUAGUCAAAAUGUAAUUACCAAAGUAAUAGUAAGGAAUUUAAAUAACUGUGCAAACGCAGAAUAUUACAUAAUUAAAUUGAUGGGAAAAUUAUUAGAUGAAACACUUUUUUCUGUCCACCAAAGUCUUUCCAUCAACCAGAUUUGAAACUUGGGUAAAGCAAAGUCCUUCGGAGAAAAUCAAUAGUUUUCAAUCUGAUGUUGUCAUGUCAACACAGAAACUACUGAGACAGAGUGAUGGAGCACAGCCGGACAUUUGACUCAUUCUUCUGCUACACCUCUGACACACAAACUUCUUAAGGUGUCAGCCCUGAUCUCUGUAUUUUGUAUAUCUAAAAGUGCAAAAUCCUUCUAAGCUGGGCUGGGGGGUCACCAAGCUUCAAUCAGGACCAAAUACUAUGUUUUGUAAAGUCGAAGAAAUGUUGUGGCAAAAAAAGCUUAAUUAAUCACAUCAUUUGCGUACAAUGCGUAGUGAAGCACUUUUAAACUGCAAAUAAAUGUAUCAACUUUAAGAUCUUGAUACUCAAAUGAAUAACGUUAUUGGAAAGCUGCUGCAAAUAAGGCUGCACGAUUCAUCACACAAGUCUAGAUUGAAAUGAAUUGAACGCUAUCAGACUCUUUCACCACAUUACAGAGCAGGAAAAGUGACAUUGCUUCAUCUCGCUCUGGUUCAAACUGAGCUCUUAGUAAACAUGUGACAGAUGACCCAAGAGGUUCCACAGACAAGUAAACUAGAUCAGUUUUUAGGCCAAAGACCAUGAUUAUCAUUUAAAGAUGAGGAAUAAGACAGUUAAAACAGUAUUUACGACUGUAUUUCACAUCGCCUUGAUAAAAAAUAUCUAUGACUUGAUGAUUACAAUGUUUUUUUUGUGUUGCAUCUUAUUUGUUAAUGUUCUUCUUGUAAAGGUAUAUUUUUAUAAGAAAAUGCUGAUAUGUGGAGUUGUGUAUUAUCUGCAGAAGCAUGAUAGACUAUGUUGGAUCAUUCAGCAGCUUGUAGACUAGCACAUAAUUUAGCUCCUUUUAAAGAACGGAUAACUAAACUUAGGCAUGAGUGGCAAAUGAAAGAUGUAUAAAGUCAGUCAGGGUUAAAGGGUUCCUUGCCUGGUUUCCUUAGCAAAGAGACCAAACACAACUCACCCACUCACCUCCAGCAGCCGCUUGUUUGUGGGGGAGCCCUGGCGCGUCGAUCACUGAGUGCAGCGGAGUUUAGCAGCUCAAGUAAGAGCAUUUAUGAUUACUACUUCAUGGAAACGCAAUCAGAGUUCUUGUGUAUCUUAUAUGUGCACUGCAGACGCGGUACUUCUUCUGCCUUAGCGUCUCAGUCUGAUUGCAUUUCCAUUAAGUAAUAAUCAUAAAUUUUCCACUGCGCUCAGUGAUAAACUCGUCAGUGCUCCCCCACAAACAAGCGGCUGGAGGAGAGUGGCUGAGUUGUGUUUAGAAACCAGGCAAAGCUGAAAGAUGUUUGAUGACUAGUGCUCUGGCUGGGACCCUAUAUGUACUGUUGAUGAAGUUAGGUGCUGUUCUGGGGCCUCAUUUAUAAAGCUUGCUUACGCACAAAACCUGGCUAGAAAUUGCGUACGCCACUUCUUACGCAAGAGUUGGGAUUUAUAAAAGAAAAACUUGUGUAGGAAUGUGCGCAACUUUAAGCAAACUCCACACCUUGCUUACGCACUUUUUGGAGACAAUCGGAGCAAGGUGAGAAUAGUCCGGGUGAUGCGUUCAGCACAACGGAUGACUCCAUGCAGCCUUUCUGUCCUGAGAGCUGCAGCUGCCGUACCAGGCAGUGAUGCUCGCAGAAAGCACAGACCCCACUGUGGCGGUGUAGAUAGUUUGCCAAUUUGAAUUUACAAAUGUGCAAAAAAACAAAUUCCAUUUACAUGCAUUUGUUUUAAGAUUAAUAUGACUAAAUCUUUUUGGUUUACGAACUUUCACCACAUAAGCAGCGGUGGAUAACGGAACGUUUUUUUUUUUUGAACACAUGCACGAGUGUCACACGUGCAUGUUUUUUUUUAUUCUCACCUGUCGCCGCCACGCUCUGAUGGUGCAAAGCCACUUUUUUCUUUGCCUCCACCUUUAGAUCAGACCACUUCUUCUUGAUUUCGGCACAGUGUUGUUUUCGUCUACGUCAUCGUCAACGAAAACAAAACUCCACGUGUUUGCGCGCGCGUGCGUGUGUGUCUCUGUGUUGGAGGAGCACAGCAGGCUGAUGACAGCUGUCAGAGCGGACAGAAGCUGCUCCUAUAUGUUUAGCGUGUAACUGACUGAGUUUUGCAACUCUGUUCGUCAUUUUCGUCUCGUCCCAUCAACGUAAACGCACUUUCGUCUCGUCACAUUUUAGUCAUCUCCGACUUAUGUUUAGCUCGUCAACGUUACGUCUUCGUCGUGGAAGAAAAGGGAAAUAUUUCCGUCAACAAAAACAACCAGUGUUGUUCUCGUUGAUGAAAAUAUUUCUUUUUGACGCUGGUGUUGACGAAAAUAUUUGACGAAAUAUGACGAAAACAACACUGUUUCGGCAACGCUGCGCUCAGUGCCAGCCGCAAUUGCCACCACGGCAACGGCGUUUUUAUUGGUGAUGCCACUCGAAUGGCCGCCGAAUAAGGUCUCCCGUCUCGCCGCCACCUCAUUUACAAGAACCUCCACCUCGAUCUCUGAAAAGUUUCUUUUUCUACGACUUGCUGAUGCCAUGGUCAAGCGUGAAAUGCCGUGGAUCCAUCAGGCUUAUCUACAUGCAAAUCACAUUCAUGAGGUAAUUUGCAUGACCAUACAUGGUGAAUUUUGGGUGUGGAGAGGGCGGGGAAGAAUCAAAUCCCUGCUGAGCAACUUUCCAGCUGGUCUGUGAUUUAUAAAGGGAAAGUGCGUGCAGGUGUGCGUAGGCAGGGUUUUAUAAAUCAGAUUUUUUUUUUGCCUACGCACUUUUCAGCUUUUCAACUUACGUACACUUUUAGUAUGGAUUCUACGCCAGGUUUUAUAAAUGAGGCCCCAGAGCAUUAUUUGUGGCUAUAGAGUGGCUUUCUGAUUGAGGUUUGUGCGCAGAGAUGUAGACCGCUGUGUGUUGCUAUUGUGCGGUCGUUACUAAAGUUGGUAUAACUAGAGAAACAAGCAGUUGGCAACAUUCAUCUCUCGAGGGGGUGUCUGACUCGGUGUUACAGUGUGUUGGACCAUAACUUGAAUUACGCCAGAAUAUCCCUUUAAUACCAAGUUUUUAUUUGUUCCCUCCUUACAGUUUCCCAGCAGCCAGGGAGUAUGCAAGGCUUCGGGGUCAACGGGAUGACAGGAGGGGACCCAGGGAUGACCAUGACACACCCUGCAUACCCAGCACAGCCUGGCGCUGCACACAUGAUGAUGGCAUCCUACCCUCCACCUCCUUCAUACUGCAACCAUCCUCCUCCAUCAUAUGAACAAAUAUUUCAAAACAGCGACAAGAAGUAGGCUAAUAAUCCCAAGAAACUUGGACAAUGGAACUUGUAAGAAAAGGAUGGCAAAUGAUGAUGAAGAGGAAAACUUGCCGAUUAUUUACAAGUGAACCGUUUGUGGAUACAAGACUUUCAAAACACAACUCCUUGUCCCCGUGGAAAAGACCAAAAGACACAGUAACCAGAAUCAAGAUGCACAGAAAUACUUUACUCACACACACACAGACACACACACACAAACACUGCUUCAUCUAAAGCGCUUAUUUACCCUCCAUCUAUGUGGAUCCAUGUGUACAGUGACUGUGCCAGUGAUCGGUGUUGAUCCGACUUGCAAGAAUGGACCUGUUCAGUUGGAGGUUUCAGACUCACCCACUGUCACCUGUCUCCUCCUCCUCUUCCUCCUCCUCUUCCUCCACCCCUCUCAACCUGACUAAAGCUAAAACUGUGCAGAACAGAAUAGGACAUCCCAAACUCAUAAUGUAGUAAAAUGCUGGGUAUGGUUUGUCUUAGAGGGCAGUUUUUCAAUCACUGUCAACACAAAGAAGAGAGAAACAACAAACCUAGAUAGAACUCUUAUCAUACAGAUAGUUCAAAAAAUUAGUUUCUUGGAUAACACCGACUUAUUUUCUAUCCAGCAUUUUACUGCAAGAUGGGCUCUUAACUAAAUGAUGAGUUCUUGAUGAAUUUUUUAUUACAGUGUAUGUAGUUCCAUUAUGUAAUGGCAUGAUGAGUUGUACCAAUAGUCACAGGCUUGUUCUCCUGUUAGGAGCAACGUUCACCGCAAGAUGAGUCAGAUAUGAGCUGAGAUGAAGAGAAGCUGAUUGUAAGGCAGUCAAGUUUUAAUAAAACAUGCCGAGUCUUA